AUGAGUGACCGCAUCUACGCAGCGGAUACUGGCUACCCAAGUGAUUACGAGCCAAGUGCUACCUACGACACUCUUGGAACAAAUUAUGAUUCGACCGGCACGACAUAUGAUCUCACGGCAGGCUAUGACCCCUAUGGCCACUCGACCUAUGCCUCAACGGGCUACGGGACGUCUGAUAAUGGGGCCGAUGCCACCGGUCUCAGCUACGAUGCCGAUGCAUAUGACACUGGAUACGGCACAACAUCGUACGACCCCAGCACCGGCGCAUACGAUCAACACCUCGACUAUCGCACUGAAGACUCGAGACGACACCACCGUGAGCGCCUCGACUCAAGCGGCAUAUACCGACACCGAGAUGUUGACCGCCGCGACGAUGGAACUACCCACGUCCAUCGAGAAUACAUGAACCCCAACACUGGUACCAACUACCACCGUGACUAUGAGCGGUAA